CGUAAUUACUCGUCGAAAUUUUCUUGGCUUGCAUUCAUGGCGGAUUUCUCCUUGCUCGUCAGAAUUCAAUCCCUAUUUCAAUCUCUAGGGUUUAUUUAUUUCGCUUUAAUUCCCCAAAUUAUUAGGUUUUAAACUAAAAAACCUAACCAUGCUAUCAAAAUCUCUCUCCAAUCCCUUAAUCUCUCCGCUCCCAAUCCAUUCCAAGAAACACAAAUCCCCAAAUCAAGUUCUCAUCGUUCGAUCUCAUGUCACUGAUUCAUCUAAAAAGGCCGAAUCGGGUUCCGAUGCGAACCCUAACCCGUCGAAGUUGUUCGAGUCGGCGGCAAUGUCGACGAGCAAAUCGAGGGCGUAUCCGGGUGGAAUGGGUCCGCAUACGGGCCGAGAUGCGAACGUGAAGAAACCCGAAUGGCUUCGUCAGAGAGCGCCUCAAGGGGAAAAGUUCGCGAAGUUGCAGGAAUCGCUUUCUAAGUUGAAGUUGAAUACUGUUUGUGUUGAAGCUCAGUGCCCUAAUAUUGGAGAGUGUUGGAAUGGAGGGGGAGGAGCUGGUGGAGAAGGGGAUGGUAUUGCGACGGCUACUAUCAUGCUUCUAGGAGACACGUGCACUCGUGGAUGCAGAUUUUGUGCAGUCAAAACUAGCAGAAACCCACCACCUCCAGAUCCUAUGGAGCCUGAGAAUACUGCUCAGGCAAUUGCAAGUUGGGGUGUGGACUAUAUUGUAUUGACAAGUGUUGACCGUGAUGACUUACCUGACGGUGGAAGUGGCCACUUUGCUCGGACAGUUGAAGCAAUGAAGAAACUUAAACCUGAGAUAUUAGUUGAGUGUCUAACUUCUGAUUUCCGCGGUGAUCUAGAUGCUGUCUCAUCUUUGGUGAAUUCCGGGCUGGAUGUAUUUGCCCACAACAUUGAAACAGUGAAACGUCUUCAAAGAAUUGUCAGAGAUCCUCGAGCAGGAUAUGAGCAGAGUUUAUCUGUUCUGAAGCAUGCAAAAGUAGCCGAGGAAGGAAUGAUAACAAAAUCUUCUAUAAUGUUGGGCCUUGGAGAAUCAGAUGAGGAGGUGAAGGAAUCUAUGAGUGACUUAAGGGCCAUUGGUGUAGAUAUCCUGACACUAGGACAAUAUUUACAGCCAACUCCCUUGCAUCUUACAGUAAAAGAGUAUGUUACCCCUGAGAAGUUUGCCUUCUGGAAGAGUUAUGGAGAAUCUAUUGGUUUCAAAUAUGUCGCUAGUGGACCUCUGGUUCGAUCUUCUUAUAGGGCUGGAGAACUGUUCGUUCAGAAUUUGGUGAAAGGUAGCAAGAGUGAGCAAGAAUCAAAAUCCAGUGAAUCUUAGCAGUUGGAUGACAUUGAGCAGCGUUUGGUCCUGCUCACAACUUAAAGCAAUGCUUGCAUAUUGGAAGAGUAUCGUCCAUUUGAGCUUUUGUUUGGCAACCGUCAGCUAGCAUUUUAUCCCUAGGUACAAGCAAACUGAAGAAAGAAAUAUACUUUGUUGUUAUAUUACAUCAUUUGAAAGAGGAUCUUUUCCCGCCGCUGCGUGUAAGUAUUAAUAAAGAUAAUUUAGGAAGAAUGAAUAUUAUUAUUCUUUUCCUUUGUGUUGUAUUCAGCUAAUUAUGGUGGUUACAGAACACAAAACCUGCAUUGUUUCACCCAUUAUUGACAGGUGCAAUAAUUUAAUUUUCUAAAUGUACAGGAAAUUAAAUAUAUGUUCUUCACUGUGAGCUGCUUCCGUCAGAAAUGCUUUGUAACUUUAACAAUACAAAAAUCCGAGCAAUUAUGUUGUAGUUCCAGCUUUA